AAAGAAGACCACAUUCCUGAGACAGUAAUGGCGGCAACACUUAGCCUCUACCUGAGAUCUCUUUGCAUCUCAAUCUCAAGAUUCCACAAUAAAAUCAUUCAAAGGCCCCUUUGUUCUUCUUCUCUUUCAUCCUUCUCUUCGCUCACUUUCCCUCAAGCCCAAUCUCUCUCUAUUACCAAUUCCUCAAAUUCAAACCACAGUAACAAUUACCCUUUAUCCUUGCUAGAGAAAGAACUAGAACAAGACGAAGAACAAGUAUUUGACUCUGAAGCUGAAGAACGUGAUAGCAAUGAUGAUGAGGAUGGUUUUGGGAUUGAAAAUGCUGAAGAGGGUACCCCGGUAAAUUUGGGUUUGGAGGUGAUUGCGAAAAAUUCCGAGGUUAACAAAGUGAAACUACCGAAUCUAACGGUUAAGGAAAAGAAAGAACUGGCUUCUUAUGCACACAGUUUAGGGAAGAAGUUAAAGUCUCAACUGGUGGGUAAAUCUGGUGUUACUGAUAAUGUCGUGUUCUCUUUUCUAGAGACUCUUGAAGCCAAUGAACUUCUAAAGGUCAAAAUUCACAAUACCUGUCCAGGAGAGCUAGAGGAUGUGGUGAACCAACUGGAGCAAGCAACUGGUUCUGUUGUGGUUGGUCAAAUUGGCCGAACUGUGAUCAUAUACAGGCCUAGUCUCACCAAAAUGAAAGUUGAGGAGAAAAAGAGGGAGUCUCAGAGAGUUUUUAUGAGAAGGCAGUCAAGGAUGAAACCUGCAUUGAUGCAGCAGAAAGGACCAUCGCCCAGAUCAUCUGGACGUGGUAGAAGGGGAACCAGCAAGGUUUGAACGCUGUUUUUCUGCAACUGGGUUGGCUUGCGCUUUUCGGGAUGCCAUUUCCAUGACAGGGUUUGCUUGAUGAAAGAGAACAUUUGGCUCAUUGCUAGAUAUGAUGUAUGUAACGUUCAGACAAACUGGAGAUGGGUUAAAGGACAGGGUUGAUUGAGGAAUGCAAAGCUCAUGUUUAUGUAGUAGUUUGUAGCUUCCGACCAUAGGUAGAAUUAUGUGCAAUUUGAACAAGUGCCUUGGCGAUUGUCAAUUGACCCGCAGUUGAAACAGUUUUGAUCUGUCUUUC